AGUAGUGAUAUUGAAGACGAGGAUACAAACUCAAAUAUGGCCAGAUCUCGUGUACCAGGAGUAACGGUAGGAGUAGCUCCCUCAUUCAGAAGCGCUGAACGUGCUGAGAAACGUAGGGAGUUCUAUGCGAAGCUAGAGGAAAAGCAGCAAGCUAUGGAGGCAGAGAAGAUGGAGAGUGAAAUGAGGGCCAAGGAGGAGGCAGAAGCAGCUAUAAAAGAGAUGCGAAAGAACUUGUAUGUUAAAGCACAUCCAGUUCCAAGUUUUUACCGUGAAGGACCUCCACCAAAGGUUGAACUUAAAAAGAUGCCUGUGACUCGGGCCAAAUCACCCAAAUUAACCCGGGGAAGGAGUUGCAGUGACUCACACUGUUUGUCCGUGGAAGACAAGUGCCCCUCUUCAAGGAAUGCACCUCUUAAGGGACGACGUUGUGUGACUCCGAAUCCCAGUAGGAAUAAGUAG